UGCGGCUCCAGAUUCAAACGGUUGCUGCGGAGACGCAUCUGGUUCUCGGUGGCGGUGGGGAGAAUGGAGGACCUGGAUUCCGAUAUCGAGCGGUUGAAACAUCUUUAUCUCGGGAGUAGGGAGGCGGAAGUCUGUGGAGGGGUUUGCUCUGGCAGCGCCGUCCUGCAGCGGUUCAAAUCGCGGCUCGGGACCUGUGAGGGUCGGGAUACCACAAUAAAUAUAAACAAACAUAAUUCAAAAAUCAAUCCACCAAUUGAAGGUGUAAUGGAAAUAUUAACAGGACAAAGAUGCGCACCUUCUCCAAUGAAGUCACCUACAUUUGGCCUGACCUACAGUGAAAGAAAGCAUUAUAACAGAUUAUUACAAAACCUAUAUAAAACAAUAAAACUCAAUUCUGCAUGUCUUGAUGAUGCUAAUGACCAUUGCUCAAAUGAAGAGUUAGAGGGAUAUUUGAGUGAGGAAGAGUUCACAACAAACAAGAAACAAGACAGCGGAACACAAUUUUAUCCUGAAACUGAUGUUACUUUGCCUUCAGGCUUAGCUUCUAUAAAUUUUACAUCAGCUGCAAUUCAUACAGAUGACAAUAUUACAGAAUUAAAGAAUGGAAGCCAUUCAGAAUCUUGGGAAUAUCCUUGCCUUUUACCAGUUGAAAUAGUGCAAAUUCAUAAUGAGUUAACAUCCAUAUGGCAACACUUGCAGAAGGAAAGCAUGGCAUUACAGGAGUACAGAUUUCAGGUACAGUCACAUGAACAACAUCUAGCUGACAGAGAGGCUUUGCUCAUCAAACAUCAAGAUGCAGUAACAAAGUUAAGAGGUGUGGAAGAAGAGGUUCAUGCCAAGUUUGAGAUUAUGAAGGAGCAACAUGCUGCUGAAGUCAAUCAGCUCACAAAUGCCAUAAAGGAGAAGAUGAAAGAAAACAAAAGACUCAAAUCCUCCUUUGACUCAUUAAAGGACUUAAAUGACACCUUGAAAAAACAGAUUAACAAUAUAACACAACAGAACAAGAAGUUGCAAGUUCAGAACAGAAAGAUUCAAAGCCGUUUAGAAAACCUGCAGAGGAAGCAUGAUUUACGUGUGGCGCAGAAAAUUCAUGAAAAUAUUUCUUCUGGUGUGAAGGAAAUCAGGUCGGAAAAACAGGAAAAGAUUCAACCUGCUCGUAAAAUCAAUCGUUCUUUAAAUAGCGGUUUCUACGAACUACUUGGAGUGCUUCUGGACUGGACCUCAGAUGGUUAUCUUUGCUAUUUAACUCCAGAGGAUGAAAAUGAUAUCCAAAAAUCAUCGGGUCGCUGGUGUUUACCUAGAAAAUCUGUCCAAGAGAUGUGUGUGAAGAUCCUGCCCUUGAUCACGGCACAAAUUUAUUUAAUGCCACCUGGGAAUAUCAAACUGCAGCUCACACUGGUAAAAUUCAUUUACUGGGCUUUAAGGCACAUAGACAGAAGAGGGACACAGCAGACUGUGAUUACUUCAACCAUGCGGCGACUAGGAGAAGAACUGUUCCAAGGAACUAUGAGCCGAACAGUGCAGGAUAGCCCUUCAGAGUCUGUUGCAGAAGCCAAACCAAAAGCAUCUGCUUUCUUCAGGAGCUCUAAUCUUAAUGUUCGAUUUUUAUCAGCUCUUAGUAUCCUCAAAACAAUAACACAAGUGGAUUAUUUGGCUCAAGUUUUCGACAUCCUUCUUGCUGACCUGAACACAGAUGAAGGCAAGGCUUUAUUCUUGGAGUAUCAGGCUCUGCAGGUUAUUCUAUGUUACCUGAAACCCUCAAGUAAAAAUCUACUGUGCAGUGCUGUUGACAUUAUUCUGCAAAUGACAAUGGAAUCAAGAUAUUUACAGAAUUUCCUCGAGGCAUGCAGCAAUGAGUCUUGGUUUCGUACUUGUUCCAUGCUCCUGAAAAGCUCUAAACUGGAGAUACAAAUACUAGAGAAACUCAGCAUCAUCCUACAGAAACUUUCUAAAAUAAAGAAUAAUAAGAAAUUAUUUGAACUGUUUGCAAUCCACAUCCUGGUUCAAGAGUUGCACAGGACAAUGGAUCCAGAGCACGCAUUUCUGACUCAAAAUCUUCAGUCUAUUUUGUUUAACCUGGGCAUAACUAAAGGCACUGCAUAGCCAGCAGUCUGGGCAACAGCCAUUCAGAUCAGUGAACAUCAAACCAUAUAGACUAAGAAACUCGGUACUAUUAUUUGUACUGUUAUCAUCACUGGUAAGCUUUCUGUUUACUUGAGAUAUAGUAAUGUGUCAUAUUUUAACAGAAUAUGUUUGUGUGCAUAUUUUUAAUGAAACCCAAAUAAAUUGGGGGGACAAAAUACUUACUUCCAUGUAAUUGAGAUUUUUACCUCUAAGGAAUUGAGACAGAGUUCCUAUAAAAAGGUUGUUAAUAUUCAUAAUCUCUUAUUUAGAAGAUUGUGGCUCUGCUUCUCAUCAGGACUGACACCCUGUAGAAAAUUGAGAGAAGUUGCAAUCUUUUUAAUGGGACGUUAGUACUUUCUGUCAGUUCACUCUUUCUGCAUAUUUUCAAAUGCCUCUCCCUUAACAAAUACCACCAAAAAGGAUAUAGCACCAUGCUUUUGUUCUUCAUGCAAUCCAAUUUAAAAGAAAAAUAGAACAAAAUUGAAUACAGCGGCCUUGCACAAAAUUCACUUUUUAUUUCAGGUCAUCAGUAUGUCUCCACAUGCUAACAUGCUAAAGAGCCUGCACAUGCAGAGAGACAGCUAGUGCAUGCCUUGAUGGCAUACUUAAUUGUCACUCGUAUUUGCAUGGCUCACACAGUCCAUGGGCCACUCAUGCAAAAGCAGACUUUGAAAGCACCUGAGAAGCCUGUUUUGUGUCCUUACCUGAUCAGGUCUCAGGCCUUUGCUGGGAACUCAGUCCAAUACCUUAUAGAUUUUCUUUCAGGUAGGUAUUUGGCUGAGUGUCUGUGGACAAACCUCUCCCUUCCACCCCAGUCCAUCCCCAACCACUAGGAACACCCUCCCCCCCCCCCCCCCCCCAAGCUUGCACCCACACCCCAUACAUUGAUCUCGUGCAUGGACUACUAACCACCUAUUCUUUUACAUGCUCCACAAGGCCCCAGACCACCACUGUCAUUACUACUCCUACCCAGGGCAAGUCCCCAGCAGCUUACUUCCCCCAAUCCCUCUACCCAUCAAGUGGCCCUGACUACUCCAAUCCAUUGUACUGCUGACUUUGGUUGUGCUGGAUUUGCAGAUUUUCUGAACAGUUGGAUAUCACUUGUAUUACCCCAAUACUUGGGGUAAUGUUACUCAUAUGAACCCCAUGUUGGGGUAAUGUGAGCAACUUCAUUCUGUUUCUAUAAGUUACACUGUUAUGGAAUCAUUUUUCCAGUGAACCCAGUGAUGUCCAAUUUGUAAGUAAGUUUCAGCGUGUCCACACUCUGGGCCCACUUUCAUCCACACACCCACAUGCAUUCCAGACCCCAGCUCCAGCCACAAACCAACUCCUGUUCCUGACCCUGGUAUUCCCAAUCGUGAUCCCGGAUCUGGCCAUAUAUCUCGUGAGUAUGUCCAAACAGUCAGAUACUGGAUUAUUAGAAUUUUACUUGUCUUCACUUAUAUCUACCACAAGCUAAUAGUUAACCAAAUAACUCCAAUAUUGUGGAAAAUAAAAUCCUAUUUGUGUUGGGCUACUCUAAACUACUGUACCAAAACAUUGCUUAGAAUUUAACAAGAUUAGGAGCAAAAGAUGAAAUCAGAGCAAUACUUGUAUGGGUUUUGUAAAACAAUCUACAGGGCUAUAUUUUAUUGAAGGUUUCUGUGAAUGUAAUAGUAAGGCCACCUUCAUCAUUAGGGUGCUUAUCAAUGUUUGUGUGGCUGCUGAAUCAAACAACUGAGUGUUUAACUCUACACUCUGUCUUAAUUAUCCAGUGACUUAUUAUCCAUGGAUUUGCGUACUCAUGAGGUUGGCCUAGGUGUCACUUCAUAUUUUUUUCCGAAGCACCAGAAGUCUAGAAUGUAUACCUCCUACUUGCAAGAUUGUGGGCUGGAGCUGAGGUCCAGAAAGUGAGUGGGGCAUGUGGUCAGAGCUGGCAUUUGAAAUGCUAGUAUGUUUGGCUUGAUUUGACAAACUGAAACUUACUUGCAUAGAAGUUGUUAUACUACACAGGGGUCAUUGCCUUCAGCCUUAAUGGUAUCCACAUUUUAUUUGUUAUAUGUAGGAAGUCUGUGCCCCUAUCCCUCAUGAAUAACAAAGACUCAGUAACAAGGAGCUUGGUAACUGUACAGAGGUAGAUGGAUAGUGCAAGUCAAUCCUUCAUGACUAGAUAUUCAGUUCCUUUCUUCUUAAGUUAAAGCACUGAAUUUUGGAAUCAUCUUUGCCAUUGGCAGUUUGUACAGUACCUGUAGAUCACUGUCUUUUGAAGAAAGGUACUGCUCAGAACUUGUCACAGUAUUUUAAAUAUAGGUUAGUCAAUUAGCUGUUGGACUAAAAACUAGUUUUAACUAUUUCUUCAGAUUCACUGGCCCCUGCCACCCCAUCUUCAUUAUGGAUGUCCAGUCUUUAGACACCUCCACCUGGCUCCAUUUGCCUUUUGUCCUUGUCUGCUUCCACCUGCCUGUCUCCCAACUACACUCCUCCCUCUCCCUCACUUGGCUUCAUCUGCCCAUCAUCCUUCACCCCUCCUCAGUCCACCUACCACCCAACAGAUCCCUGUCUCACCCCUCCCUCUCCUCUUUAUACCGGCUCUCUACUGAAAGACCUGAUGCAGGUUCACAUUCUGAAGCAUCAACAAAUCUAUUUUUGCUAAUAUCCUCACAUUGACCUGAAGCCAAGAAUACUAGGCAAUCAUCACUGGGAAGGAUAUUAAGGCUCAGCCAUUAUUUUCAAAUCUCUUGAUCACUACAAGAAUCUUCCUAUGCUGUGCUGUAACUAAAGUACAUUUUGAACAUUGAGAGAGUUUAUUUUUAAAAAAUAACAUUACUACCAUUAUAAGAACUUCAUUGACAUUAGCAUUUUUGUGCACCAUGUCAUUGCAUGGAUUUUAUUGGCUAUGUCAGUUUGGAUCAUAAACAGUCAAUAAAUUGAAUUUGCAUUGUAA